CUUACAUCCGGGAACUUGUGAACGCCAUCUUUCUUUUCCCCCGAGCAGCCAUACUUUCUGCACGUUUUCCGUGGUGGUAAGAGCUCGGAAAAUCAGCCAAAAUGAAGCAAAAGAGAAAGACGAUGGAGAGCAUCAACUCCAGGCUGCAGCUGGUGAUGAAGUCUGGGAAAUACGUCCUGGGCCUGAAGGAGACACUCAAGGUGCUGAGGCAGGGCAAGGCGAAGCUUAUCAUCAUCGCUAAUAACACCCCCGCUCUCAGAAAGAGCGAAAUUGAGUACUACGCCAUGCUGGCCAAGACAGGUGUCCACCACUACUCCGGUAACAACAUCGAGCUGGGCACGGCCUGCGGAAAAUACUUCAGAGUCUGCACACUGGCCAUCACAGAUCCAGGGGACAGUGACAUUAUCCGGUCUAUGCCAGCUGAGGACAAGGGAGAAGCCAAGUGAGCAGCUUCAUCUAGUCACGUAGAGCUCUGAAUGAAAUAAACAUCUCCAGUUCAAA